GUCAUCGGCAGGCGCCGCCGCGGAGGCCAUGGCGGAGGCCGGCGAGCAGGGCCGGGAAGAGCCCGCGGCCCCCACCCGGGAGGACCCCGCGCCCGCGGCCUCGUCCCCGUCCGGGGAUGGGCCAGAAGCCGCGGAGGACGCGGCGGGGACGGCGGAGGGCGAGGGGGGAGAGGCCGGCGGGGCCGGGGAGCCCAAGGCGGAGGCGCUGGACGGGGAGGUGAGGAGCGCCGAGGGGGAGGCCGUGGACGGGGAGGACCCGAGCCUGCAGCCCUCGGCGGCCAAGAAGGUGAAGCUGGAGCUGAAGGAGAGGAAGGAGAAGAAGCACAAAGUGGACGAGGACGAGAUCCAGAAGAUGCAAAUACUGGUCUCCUCCUUUUCCGAAGAACAGCUGAAUCGCUACGAGAUGUAUCGCCGCUCUGCUUUCCCCAAAGCUGCUAUUAAACGGCUGAUCCAGUCCAUCACCGGCACCUCGGUCUCUCAGAACGUGGUUAUCGCCAUGUCGGGCAUUUCCAAGGUCUUCGUUGGAGAGGUGGUGGAAGAAGCGCUGGAUGUGUGCGAAAAGUGGGGAGAGCUGCCACCUCUGCAGCCUAAACACAUGCGAGAGGCUGUCAGGAGGCUCAAGUCACGAGGACAGAUCCCGAAUUCCAAAUAUAAAAAGAUCAUCUUCCACUGAAGCGGCCCACGAGCAGCAAGAGAAGACAGAUGUUAAAGGAAGCUUCCAGCUGUGCUCCUCACGGCAGCUGCAGCAGAGCCACGAGACUUGGAGCGCUCCCAGCCUCUCUUGCUGCCUGCAGUCUUCUCCAAGAGCCUGCACCAAGACACACUCAGUUCAACUUUGAUUUUAAGUAACGUCAGCGUUAAGGUUUAUGGGGCUUGUUUGCAGUUUACAAAAGAGCCAUUAAUUCUCUCAGCGUGGCUCCUGGGGUAAAAGAAGCGCUACAGCCACGUUCAGCGGGAGCAGUUACCCCAUCAGCCUUACCCUGGCAGGCGAGGCUCCCUUCCAGGACCCACGAGCAGCGCAUUGUGCACAGGCUCUCGUUUAAGGAACCCCAGGCAGGCUUCCUGCAGUGACUGCUGAAGGCUGCCUUGUCAUCUUAGCACCGUGCAGAAGCAAGCGGGAGCCAAAUCCCUGACCGGGUGCCUCAGGCUCUUCUGCUCCAGCACACUGGGGAAACGAACGUUCAACUUCUUCAGCGCACUUACCCCCCGGGAUCAUUCCUUCUGGCACAGACGUGGCGCUAUCUCUGUACAGAAGUGGGGCUUUUGUACAUUAAACUUGUUAUAUUCUUAGUCUUGCUGGGACAGCAAAUACUAAUUGUGUAAUGGUGUUUUUGUGAUUCAAAGCAGGGAGAGCGCACUGUGAUCUGUCUCAACCAACCCCAACAUGUUCACGAAGCUUCAUGCCUCCGGCAUGUGGCGUUCUGUGAGCACAAGGCAGGGAACACGUGCUGAAAGCUGAUGCUUCCUAAGUCAGCGCUCAGCUGUUCUGCCCAAAGCCAGUUUUAUGGAGCUGUCUAGAAAGCAGUUCAGUCGGGAACAUGAAGAGGGAGGACAAGGGGAAAAACCAAACCCAUGAGCCUGUAAGGAGGUUAACAAGUUUAAUUUCUUUUUGUGGUUCAUAGAACCAAUAAAUGCAUACAUACUGCAACAAAGUUCCAAUACUGCCGAAAAUUCAAGUUCAGACUUGUACAUUACCCACCUGUACAGAGUAUUCCCCUUGGAGCACGCUUCUCACUAAUGUAACAGAUGCUGAGGCCAUGUGCUCUUCCUAGGGUAACUGCAGGAGAGUUACACCAAGGAUUAAGUUGGCUCUCAUCGUAACAGAGUCCUUAAAUACAAGACUCUAAGGAGUAAACUUUGCUAAUCAUCAUCAGUGGAGUUUCUGUCCUCCCACAGGCCUUACAGAAAGGAAGAGGAUUUUGUUUUACAGUGCUUCUUACUGGUACUUAAAACAGAAAACAAGGGAAGUGCUUGAAUUCACACGGAACUGGUUGACUUGAGCUGCUGGAGCCAGAAAUUGAACAACUUGGCCCAGCUCUGACCAACCUGCACCCGUGGGAGUGGAAGUGGUUCUAUGACACUGCAAGUAGGCACCACACCGAAAACCCUUUUUACCCCACCCGUUUCCUAAGCUGGCUGGAGGUGAAACUUGACCCCUCAACCAAAGAGUCAUGAGAUGUGA